UCUCCAGAGGGUGCUGAAGGCAAGGAUGCAGCAAAAGUAACUAAACAAGAGCCCACAAGACGAUCAGCAAGAUUGUCAGCUAAACCUGCUCCACCAAAACCUGAACCUAAACCAAGGAAAACCACGAAGAAGGAGCCUGGAACAAAGGCCAACAAAGGUGCUAAAGGGAAGAAGGAUGAAAAGCAAGAAGCUGCAAAGGAAGGUACUACACCAUCUGAAAAUGGUGAAAAUAAAGCUGAAGAGAUUCGCAUCUCUCGCCCAACUGUUAGUGUUGCAACAUCCAGAGGUGCCCCAGCCAGCACACUGUCAGUAAAAGGGCAGAUUGAAAGAGUUAAGGGUACGGUAGCGCACUCAUUCAGCAUGUGCGCAGUGAAUAGGAGCAGGUAGUAGUGUGGUGCUUUUCAGUGCGAGCUGUGGAAGCUGCCAGGUAAGGCUCGUAUUGCUUUUGAAAAGCUGGGACCUGUCAUUUCAGCCAAGUGUGUGAAUGUACCUGUUCUGUUCUGUGUCAGUGUCGUGUGGACACAGGUUUGAAACCGAGCUGUUGCAAAUAAGGAGUAGAAGGAGUUAAGGGGUAGUUUGGGUCUUUAGGUAUUGGAAUGGCCAUUUACUAUAGUAAUUUCUCUCUUUCUUUCUUCUCCACAGGCUCAGAAAACUGAAUCUGUAGGUGACAAGAAUGAAUGAAAUAUCAUGAAAAUUUUGGGUUGAUUUUAUGUACCUCUUGGACAACUUUUAAAAGAUAUUUUUAUCAAGUAUUUUGUAAAUGCUAAUUUUUUUAGGACUAUGAUAGUUGACAUAUUAAACUGUAUAUGAACAUUUCCCUUCUCAUAACAGUGCUUUUAGAAAUUCCCAUUGUUGCCAAGUAAUAUAAAUAUCAACUUAAUAUUGCAAGGUAUGUGUAAAAUCGGAUCAGCAUUCCAUACACUUGCUUUAAGGAAUUUAAGUCUUGUGCAUAUGGUGAUGUUUUUACUGUGCGUAUUUGAAUUUUUCAUGCAGUUUUUCUAGAGCAAUAAUCAGUGGUGCUUUUGUACUUAGAGUUUAUGUGAUUUUAAUGAAACAUGGAUAGAUGUGGCCACCUGCUGACUAUUUUGGGUUCUUUUAAUGGAUUAAAAUAAAAGGUCUCCUUGCCUGCAAAA